AUGGGUCACGUCAACCUCGAGAGCCAAAUACGCCGCGCACAGGAGGAUGGGGACUUCUCAGCUCUGGUGACGUUAGACAUUGCACAGGCAUACGACAGCAUUGAGCACCGCGUCCUGCUGCACAGGCUGGCUGCUGUUCGUAUCCCUCCCUAUAUUCUCUCCUGGGUCAGGAAUUUUCUCUCUGGAAGAUCUUUCCAAUGCUCGGACCGCCACCUCGUCUCUUCCCCUCAUCAGCUGUUUAGAGGGGUGCCUCAAGGUUCUGUCCUUUCCCCUCUGCUCUUUAACAUACUCAUGAGCUCCCUUCCAUUGGACGCGAAUAUUCAGACAAUCACUUACGCAGAUGACAUCGCCUUUUUCGCCUCGGCCUCAUCGCUGCACUUGUUGUACACGCUGACCCAGCAAUACAUCGACACUAUUGUGGCUUGGACCACAUCCGCUCAUCUGAGUCUAAAGGUCCAGAAAUGUGCCGUGCUCCUAUUUCCGCCUGUGGGCUUCCGUGGUGUGGUGCCCAGCUUCAAUCUUUUGAUAGGCAACGAUCGCAUCGACCAACCUGAGUCUCUGAAGUAUCUGGGUGUGUGGUAUGAUCACAGGAUGGAUUGGGGCCGCCACAUUGACCACAUCAGCCGAAGAGCCUCCGCGGCACUGCGUUGCAUCCAGCGUUGUUCCAGCGUUCGUGUUGGUAUGCGCAGGAAUGCCCUCCUUUAUGUCUAUCGUUGCUAUGUCCGUCCCAUCCUCGAAUAUGGCUGUGUCCUUUUCUCUCAUCUCCCAGACUACCGGAUAAGCAAGCUGCUCGUCUUAGAGAGGAAAGCGCUCCGCAUGUGUCUCGGCCUUCCCAGGUAUACUGCUAACGAUGCCCUGUAUCUUGAGGCGGGUGUGCUCCCACUGAAAGCCCGCUUUCAUCUUUUAACAGUGAGCACUUUCCUGUCUCUGGCGCAGAGCCCUCUUGCUUCUCACCACAUUGAAUCGUUCAGAGAUUUGGGUUCCUGGACUAGCAGGCGGUGGCGCAGAUCCAAUAUUCCCCAGUUGCUAUUGCUGCUCCUGUCGCCCCUGAACGUUUCGCUUGCCCAUGUCCCCCAGCCGGUUGUGCCUCCCGCGCCAGCCUCUGUCCAGGUUCUCAGCAUCUUUCAUUCGGAUGCCAAACAUGCCCCUCUCACUUAUUUGAAAGCAGAGCUUGACACUCACAUGUCUCAGUUUCCCAAUCACCUGGUCAUCGCCACGGACGCAUCUGUCUCUGAGGAACGGGCGGGAGUUGGCAGUGUCAUUCCGCAGCUCGACUUGCACAGUCCCGUCCGCCUCCCGGACUACACACCGGUCUUUCACAGUGAGUUUCUAGCCAUGCUCCUAGCGCUGAUGAGGGUUCCCAUCGCUUUCAAAAUGGUGCUCCUCCUCUCUGACUCUCUUUUUGUGAUUUCCUCCCUUGAGAGCCCUACAAGCCCCUUGCUCGCCACCUUAGUUGCUUUUGCACCUAGCCACAUCUCCCAUCUCCUUGUCACCUGGAUUCCUGGUCACCGCGGUCUCCCGCUCAACGAAGCCGCUGACACCCUGGCUAAUAUGGCACUCUCUGGGCCAAUCCUGGAUGUCCUUCCUCCAAUAGCUGACAUCGUCCGGGCGCGCUACAGACGCUUCCUUUCACUCGCGCGGCGUCGCCCUCCACGUCCUGGCUAUGAACACCUCUUAUUCCUUUGGAAUCCUGAGCAUUGUGGCUGCCGUGAGUUCGAAACUUCUGUAACGCGUGCUCGGUGCCUCUCCCUCCCAUUGAACUUCUAUCUUCACCGUGCUGGCCUCGAAUCGGCACCUGCGUGCCCGCACUGCGGACAAGCCGAGACUGUCCAUCACUUCUUUCUCGACUGCUCCUCCUACGUCACCAUUCGUCGUCGCCUUCUCGUUCCCCCUCUUAUCUCCAUCGGUGCUCAGCUCUCCCUGACAUCUCUGCUAUCCCUUGGAGCCUUCCAUAAUGGCUUUAGGGACCGCGCUGUUCUCCAUAGUAUCAUGUCAUUCAUCUCCACCUCUAACCGAUUCUAA